AUUCGAGCUGGCCUGGGAAGGAGGAAGCUACACUUCGACUUUGAGAUCAUCAAUUUAUAGGACGAGCCUUGGCGUUCCUUCACAUAAACUGAGGAUCGCGCAUCACCAUACUGAACUUUCAUCCCACUGAAACUUGGGAGGGCUGCAUAGCUAUACGAUAAACCCGGAUCACUUUUUAUUUCAUGACCUUUUGAAGAAUUGUGCAAUACUUCUGCUGGACACGCAGAAAUAAUUCCCACUGAAUUUCCACAACAAAUUUGGGGAGGAUGCCUAGACCUGGGAGAAACACGUAUAGCGACCAGAAACCCCCGUACUCCUACAUUUCGCUCACCGCCAUGGCUAUCCAGAGUUGUCCGGAGAAGAUGCUUCCUCUUAGCGAAAUUUACAAGUUCAUUAUGGAUCGCUUUCCGUACUACCGAGAGAACACUCAGCGCUGGCAAAAUUCCCUCCGCCACAACUUGUCCUUCAACGAUUGCUUUAUUAAAAUCCCCCGCCGCCCGGACCAGCCGGGCAAGGGCAGCUUCUGGGCUCUCCAUCCCAGCUGCGGAGACAUGUUCGAGAACGGAAGUUUUCUGAGACGCCGCAAACGCUUCAAGGUGAUGAUGACAGCAGACCACCUGGCACCCAGCAAGCCCUCGGACGCUGCCCACUACCUGCAGCAGCAUGCCAAGCUGAGGCUCAGCGCCCUGGCAGCGACAGGCACUCAUCUCCCCCAGAUGUCCGGCUACAACUUGGGAGUGUCCCAGCCGUCCACGUUCAAGCACCCCUUCGCCAUCGAGAACAUCAUUGCCCGAGAAUACAAAGUGCCAGGGGGACUGGCGUUCUCCACCAUGCAGUCCAUGUCCGCCGGGUAUCCUCUGCACAACCAGCUGACCACAGCUUGGCCCCACAUGUACAGCACUAGCGUGAUCGACAGCGCGACGUCCAUCUCAAUGACCAGCAGUGAUUACAGUGCCUACGGUGUGCCCAUCAAGUCCCUGUGCCACGGGGGUCAGACCUUACCGGCGAUCCCCGUCCCGAUCAAGCCGACCCUGGCGUCGGUGCCCGGCCUGACGGCUCUGCCGCACCACAUUCCCGCUUUCCUGACGAACUCUCCCCAGUCGCUGAGCCCGACGUCCCCGCAGACAGCGACCAGCCAAAGCAGCCCUGCCACCCCGAGAGAGACUCUGAUGAGUCCCUCAACGCUCCAGUCGGUCGCUGUGCACUGACACGAACAGGUGUCGUUGCGUGAGAACUAUAGGCCUCUUGGUCAACUCCUACUCCAAAGUUGAAUUUGAAUUAUAGACCUUGAAAACGUCUGCCGAAAAAACGAAACAAAAAACAAACGAACAAACAAAACAAAAAAGAACUCGCUAUACAAUCAAGGCAAGAGCUAUCUAUGUUGCAGUGAUGUUAAUUUAUGUAUAUGUGUUACAAAUUUUAAGUGUCGCUUUUGAUGAUUCAAAUCACAUGGAUCGAACACGGAUAUAUUUUAAUGGUUUUCCAAAAAUAUCUGAGAGUCUCUUUUCAGUUGAACUAUCCAGAAUUUACGUGUUUGUUUAAUUGGUUGACUGUUGACAAAGUCCAAGCAAGCACUGCAAUCUGCGACAUGUCUGAGAUGCACAAGGCGAGUGCGGUACUUUAACAGAUUGUUGCCUAUUCAGACAAUUUACAGUUUUUGUAAACAAAUGUUGGUUUUCAAUUUGAAUCACAUUUGCCAAAUGUGCUGAAAUACAUGCAUCUUCCAUUCUAACAUCAACCGAAAACAAAAGCAUUGUUUGAAAUGCUCUCUAUUUUCACUUUCUUGACAGGCAAAUUGUGUCUCAGUCUGCAUACCAAAUACACACACACUGACAUAAGUACAGUAUUUGCUACAGUAUCGAACUUGAAAAUGAAAACACAUUUUAAGGAUACGUUCAUCGCUAAAGGCGACGUAAAUAUGUGAAUAAUUGCAAAUAUGUGAUAUUGAAUUGUGUAAAAUGCACUUUUUAGUUAGAUGUUUUACAUUUUCUCUAUUUUGCAGGAAAUGUUUUGUGAGCGUUUAAUUUAAAGCCGUGGUGACCUUGUGUAUUAAAUGCCGUACAUUUGUACUUUUUGUUCAGAAAUAUGAAGCAUGCCUUUUCCAGACUUUGUGUUGUUUUGCUGCAAGCAUGCGUGCUUUUGAAAGCUGUGCAAAACGUCUGCAUUAAAUUAUAAACU